GGUUGACUGUUGCUCAACGUUGGCUUGUCUAUUUUCCUCAGCGAGCUCAUCGGGUCAGCAGCCAUUUCUGUCGCCGUGUUUCUCCUCCUUUGUGGAAUCAAAUCUUUCCGUGACUGAGAACUCCGAGUGCAUUCACAAGUCAGGCUCGUAUUUUUGUUUUCUGGCCUGGCUUGUUUGCCGGCUGAAUCUAGUCGGGAUGGACCCAGCAAGCCGAUACCAAGUGUUGCACAACGAGGACGACUCUUCAGAAGCCUCCACCAGCCAGCAGCAGCCGUCCACCUCAGUCCAAGAUGUCGGGCAGGAUCAGAACCAGUCUGAGUCCAGCGCCGCCGCUGUGGCAACAGUGGAAGCAGAGGCGCCUCCUCCUCCCUAUGCUUCCAUCGACCUAGGAGCGACCGCUGCAACCCCUGAGACCAGUUUCCAAGGUGACUUCCCAGUGCCUCCACCCUACAGCGUGGCCACUUCACUGCCCACGUACGACGAGGCUGAGAAGGCCAAAGCGGCCGCCAUGGCCGCCUCCACGGUGGAGGUGUUGCCUCGGGACGAGGACUUCUCACCCAGAGACGAUUUCAGUGACGCAGAACAGCUUCGCGUUGGAAACGACGGGAUCUUCAUGUUGGCCUUCUUUAUGGCCUUCUUGUUCAAUUGGAUCGGGUUCUGCCUGUCCUUCUGCCUGACCAAUACCAUCGCCGGGCGCUACGGCGCCAUCUGUGGUUUCGGACUUUCCCUCAUUAAGUGGAUUCUCAUUGUCAGGUUCUCGGACUAUUUCACUGGCUACUUCAAUGACCAGUACUGGCUCUGGUGGAUUUUCCUGCUGCUUGGUCUCUUGCUGUUCUUCAGAGGUUUUGUGAAUUAUCUUAAAGUUCGCAACAUGUCAGAAAACAUGGCCACCUCUCACAGAACGCGCCUCUUCUUCCUCUACUAAAGGUACCAGUCACAGCAGGCUGGAGAGCGCACUCUGCUGGGCGCUCUGAGGUGCUGUAGUUAUCGGGUAUCCCCUUUUCUCCAGGUAUCCCUAACGGCAUUCCUUCCCCCGCCCUCGUAUGACCUGACUCAGGAGCCCGACAGCGAAGAGAGGAAACGGGGAAGGAGAAGAGAAAAGAAGACUGACGUAGGGAGAAAUCGGUGUCAUUACGUUUGUCUUUGAAAUCCCUGGAACAUUUAGGUUUCCUACAUUUGCCUUUGAUUCAAACCUCCUCAGCUCAUCUGUUGCGCCUCAAAUGCUGGACGGCUGUUUAGAUAAGAGAUCGCUGAAGAUGCUUUUACUCCGAAUGAGCUCUCGUCAGUAAAACUAAGUAAACCACUCUGGUUACUCUGAUUUAGAUUGUUGCUAUUCCAGUGUUAAAGGCAGCUUGCUGCCGAGUUUAAAGUGGAUUUCAGCUUCAAACUGGGGUCUUUUUUGUCUUAACUGUUACACAUUACAAUUAAUCUAUAAACGAGUGUGGUACUGGUAAAAAAACAAACACCUUUUUAAAUUUAGGGUGUUAUGAUCAAGUCUUACUUUAACCAUCUUGUAGCAUUCUUUCUGAGUUUGACAGCGGGAAGCUAAAACGAAACCUCAGUCUUUUCCUAUAAAAUAAGAAUUAUGAACCUGAAGAAACUGGAUGCACCCUCAUCUGUUUACAUGUCAUCCUUGAGCUGACGUGUGAAGUUGUGUCAACGCCUAAAAUAUUUUAGGACAAUGAGUCAAAUUUUAAAGCAACAGUUUACCCAAUAACUGAUCUUUUCUAUGAACAAUUCAUUUAAUAAAUUAGUUUAUCUUAACUUAUUUAUUGGAAAAACAAUAUCUAAUGAUUGGUUUAUAAAAUAACUGAUUCAACGUUGAAUUGAUUUAUUCAAUAGCUGAUUCAUUUUAUCAGCUUAUCAAGGAAUCCGUUGAGUGACUAAAGCCGGGCGUACACUGUGUGACUUUUUCACUUUUUUGAGCCGAUUUUCCACUCGUGCGAGAAUCCACGAGAUCGGGGCGAGUUUUGCGCUGAGCGUCGUGUAGUGUACCGGGGGUUACGAGAGGUGAUUAACGCCACGUGACCAGCUACCGAUCAGCAAUCGUGAGCUCGCACGGACGUCUGGCGUGUUUGAUAUUUCGCUCGUCCCUCGUGAGGGUAUCGCACUGUUGAAGCGGCGCUGCGAGCAGCUGCGACCCAAAAUGUAUCAGAACCGCUCACGGCGCAUGUGUAAUCAUGCAUCAACACCGGUCGCCCGCUAUUUCCCUAAUAACACACGUUGUUGGUAUUUCUACACGUUUUUUACUCACAAAGAUUGUCAAGAAAGCGUGUUUGUCGUGUUCAUGUCAAAUUAAACUGAUCACUAAACACAGAUUUGCUUUCUUUAUUUCGUUUUCCUCAUCCAACCCCCAUAAAUCCUCGUGUGUCCUCCUGCAGCACUCCCGAAGGACAACAGGCAAAACAAGACCAAAAAAAAGUCUAACGUGUUGAGUAAAAACUGCUAUUUUUAGCAGUUAUUUUUAGGGCCGACGUGUUGCUACCAGACAUUCAGUGUGAGCACAUGACUCGUGAGAUCUGGAAGUCGUACAGCCUGAGCUGAAGCUGAGUGCUACGGGUGGAAAAGUUGCACAGUGUACGCCCAGCUUAAUUUAUCAGCUACCUAAUUCAAGUCAUCGGUUUGUCAAAAGCUACUCCUUGGAGAUUGUUAAAGAAUAAUGAAACUAGAAAGAUUUGAUUUUCAAAUAAGCAAGAAUAACUGCUUUCUUCAAAAUUAUAUUGAAUAAACAAUUAGUCAAAAAGUCAUUUAAUUCAAUUACUGAUUAACCAAAUAACAGAAUUUUAGAAACAAAUUGAUUAAAUGUAAACCGAUUGAUCAAAGAAUCCACUUCUUAAAACAAUUGAUUUUUCUCAAAUAUUUAUGGAAUAAUUAUAGAUUCAAUGUUCAGUUCAUCAAGGGAUUUUUAUUGAAGUUUAAAUUAAUUAGUUUGUUACAGAAUGUAUGCAGUCAUACAUCAAUUAACUAAAAGUAUUUUGAAAUAAACCAUAUUUUUGAAUCAUUUAGAUAACUGGUCUAAAAUUGAAGAAUGCAUUUGUUGAAUCCCCCCAAAAACGUUGAAUUGAUUUCUUGAGUUGGUUCAUUGAAAACCAUUCGUAAGUUGAAGAAAACUCUUUCAAGCUUUAGUCUGUUGUGGAGAAAAUAAGCCAGACCAAAUCCAGUAGAAUCCAUUUUCAAGGUUCAGCUGUCUCUUUGGUACUCCACCUCUAAAAGUUCGGGUUCAUGAUGAAAGGGUCUAGAGCAAGACUUCAUACACCACUCCAGCGAUCCCCGUUGUCCCUUUGAAUCAAAGGAAAAUGAAGUCAAAAAUGCUCCGAAUUCACCUGCCUGGAAUAAAAUAAAACCUAAUUUAUUGUUUCAGAUUAGUUGAUGUGAACCUUCACAUGUGAACAUUUUCACUUCCAAACUCUCACUUCUCUAAGGUUGGAGUUUAAGGUGCAAAACGGCCCAGACGGGUCCGGCUUUGGUGCUGUGGAUAAGACGCGUUCUUACGUUCUGUGCUGUAAUGCACGGUAUAAUUUACAUUAUUUCUUAAGAACUCCUCGGAGUGUAAGAGUCUUAUGCAAUUGACUUAUUAGUAACGGCCUUCGAUUAUGGUGGAUGCGUUCUAAAAAGUAGUUUAUUAGUUGGGCCGUCACUGAAAGAGAUCCUGUUCCCGUGGAAAGGACGAGGACACCUUUGUAAACACAAAUGGCCACAGACGCCAGAUAAGUGGAGGAAGGCGACUCGUUCCGCAUGGAAAGGCGACGAUUGGAUCUCUUUCAAGGAUUUUCUUGAGUAGAUUGGAAUAUCCCUUUUCUUUGAGCGAGAACCUUGUGAUGUGACACGCCUCUGAUCCAUUAAAUAAAACGUCGGCGUAGAAAAAAAAAGUUUCUGCCGACGGUGACAGCGAUGAAAUGUGGUGAUUUGAAAAUGGAGCCCGGGAAGUUGGCAUGCUCGUUUCACUAGUCGAAGAAACCCUGAAGCUCAUCACGUACUUUUGUUUUAUUAUUGUAGAAUAAAAUGUAUAUACAAGCUUAUACCAAUUUUUAAUAUUUGCACUUUGAAUUUUUUUCUGUAUAGUAAGAUUUGUGAAUCUGUUGAACUUGAUGUGGGGGCAGAAGUUUAAAAACAAAUCCAAGUUUGUAAACUGGAAUUCUUAAUCAUCCCUAAUGGAUAAUCUGCCUUUUGCACUUUUGUUUAAAUAAUUCUGUUGUGUGUCUGUUUCAUUUAACCUGAACUGUGACAGCUUGAGUAUUGCCAAACCCUUUUUUUUGGACUAGUCCUAUCCUACAAAAGCCUCAGCAAUAGCCAGAUCUUUCAGUCAAUUAAAGCCGCAUGAUUUACCUGCCCGACUCAGUCCAGUUGAGUCUUGUUAACAACGAAUCUACAAAUACAUGUUUGUCUCAGUAAACUGGAGAACUUUUGCCUAAAAUACUUCUCACAUCUUCUGAUGAAGUUGGUAUGCAUCAAUUGUAACUGGAAUUAAAAUGACAGAUCUUGCUACAAAAAAAGAAAAUGCCAAUAAAGUUCAAAAGCCUGCCGUUAA